ACCCCCGCCCUCCGCCCCCCGCUCCCAUCCCCGGUUCCAUCAAAGCGAACCCAGGCCAGCGCAAGGAUCUUCGAGUUGCGAGUGUGCUGAGGCUGGGACUGUCACUCAUUCUCCGCUCAGCGCGUGAACGCAGCUCGGCAGCGGCUGGCAGGAAACAAUUCUGCAAAAAUAAUCAUACUCAGCCUGGCAAUUGUCUGCCCCUAGGUCUGUUCCUCUAACGCCGUCCAUACUCGCUAUAAGGUGGGGCACAGAAUUUACCGCGGCAAGAACAUCCCUCCCAGCCAGCAGAUUACAAUGCUGCAAACUAAGGAUCUCAUCUGGACUUUGUUUUUCCUGGGAACUGCAGUUUCUCUGCAGGUGGAUAUUGUACCUAGCCAAGGGGAAAUCAGCGUUGGAGAGUCCAAAUUCUUCUUAUGCCAAGUGGCAGGGGAUGCCAAAGAUAAAGACAUCUCCUGGUUCUCCCCCAACGGAGAAAAACUCACCCCAAACCAGCAGCGGAUCUCAGUGGUAUGGAAUGACGACUCUUCUUCCACCCUCACCAUCUAUAAUGCUGAUAUUGACGAUGCCGGCAUUUACAAGUGUGUGGUCACUGGCGAGGAUGGCAGUGAGUCAGAGGCCACAGUCAAUGUGAAGAUCUUCCAGAAGCUCAUGUUCAAGAAUGCACCAACCCCACAGGAGUUCAGGGAGGGGGAUGAUGCCGUGAUCGUGUGUGAUGUGGUCAGCUCCCUACCCCCAACAAUCAUCUGGAAACACAAAGGUCGAGAUGUCAUCCUGAAAAAAGAUGUCCGAUUCAUAGUCCUGUCCAACAACUACCUGCAGAUUCAGAACAUCAAGAAAAGUGAUGAGGGCAUUUACCGCUGUGAGGGCAGGAUCCUGGCACGGGGGGAGAUCAACUUCAAGGACAUUCAGGUCAUUGUGAAUGUACCACCCACCGUCAAGGCCAGGCAAAGCAUAGUGAAUGCCACCGCCAACCUCGGCCAGUCCGUCACCCUGGUGUGCGAUGCUGAAGGCUUCCCGGAGCCCACCAUGAGCUGGACAAAGGAUGGGGAACAGAUAGAGAAUGAGGAAGAUGAGAAGUACUUCUUCAGUGACGACAGUUCGGAGCUGACUAUCAGGAAGGUGGAUAAGAAUGACGAGGCUGAGUAUGUGUGCAUCGCCGAGAACAAGGCUGGAGAGCAAGAUGCAUCCAUCCACCUCAAAGUCUUUGCAAAACCUAAAAUCACAUAUGUAGAAAACCAGACUGCCAUGGAAUUGGAGGAACAGGUCACUCUUACCUGUGAAGCCUCGGGCGACCCUAUUCCCUCUAUCACCUGGAGAACUUCCACCCGAAACAUCAGCAGCGAAGAAAAGGCUUCGUGGACUCGACCAGAGAAGCAAGAGACUCUGGAUGGGCACAUGGUGGUGCGCAGCCAUGCCCGCGUGUCGUCCCUGACCCUGAAGAGUAUCCAGUACACAGACGCUGGAGAAUACAUCUGCACUGCCAGCAACACUAUCGGCCAGGACUCCCAGUCCAUGUACCUCGAAGUACAGUAUGCCCCCAAGCUGCAGGGCCCCGUGGCUGUGUACACUUGGGAGGGGAACCAGGUGAACAUCACCUGCGAGGUAUUUGCCUACCCCAGUGCCACAAUCUCAUGGUUCCGAGAUGGUCAGCUGCUGCCCAGCUCCAACUACAGCAACAUCAAGAUCUACAACACACCCUCUGCCAGCUACUUGGAGGUGACCCCAGAUUCUGAAAAUGAUUUUGGAAACUACAACUGCACUGCAGUGAACCGCAUUGGACAGGAGUCUUUGGAAUUUAUCCUUGUCCAAGCAGAUACCCCAUCUUCACCAUCUAUUGACCAGGUGGAGCCAUACUCUAGCACAGCACAGGUGCAGUUUGAUGAACCGGAGGCCACAGGCGGGGUGCCCAUCCUCAAAUACAAGGCUGAGUGGAGAGCAGUGGGGGAGGAGAUGUGGCACUUCAAGUGGUAUGAUGCCAAGGAAGCCAGCAUGGAGGGUAUUGUCACCAUCGUGGGCCUGAAGCCUGAGACGACAUACACAGUACGACUGGCAGCCCUCAAUGGCAAGGGUCUGGGCGAGAUCAGCGCAGCCUCCGAGUUCAAGACUCAGCCAGUCCAUAUCCCUCUUCCACCAGCUCCUGCUAGCUUUUCCACCCUUGUUCCAUUGCCUCAUCCAGAUACAACCUGGCCUCUUUCUGCCCUUACAACCACAGAACCAUCUAAAGGGGAACCCAGUGCUCCUAAGCUCGAAGGGCAGAUGGGAGAGGAUGGCAACUCCAUUAAGGUGAACCUGAUCAAGCAGGACGACGGUGGCUCCCCCAUCAGGCACUACCUGGUCAAGUACCGAACGCUUUCCUCUGAAUGGAAACCAGAGAUCAGGCUCCCAUCUGGCAGCGACCACAUCAUGCUCAAGUCCCUGGACUGGAAUGCUGAGUAUGAGGUCUACGUGGUGGCGGAGAACCAGCAAGGGAAGUCCAAGGCUGCUCACUUUGUGUUCAGAACCUCGGCCCAGCCCACAGCCAUCCCAGCCAAUGGCAGUCCCACCGCAGGUCUGAGCACCGGGGCCAUCGUGGGCAUCCUCAUUGUCAUCUUUGUCCUGCUCCUGGUGGUUGUCGACAUCACCUGCUACUUUCUGAACAAGUGUGGCCUGCUCAUGUGUAUCGCCGUCAACCUGUGUGGAAAGGCCGGGCCUGGAGCCAAGGGCAAGGACAUGGAGGAGGGCAAAGCCGCCUUCUCGAAAGAUGAGUCAAAGGAGCCCAUCGUGGAAGUGCGAACGGAGGAGGAGCGGACCCCAAACCACGACGGAGGGAAGCACACAGAACCCAAUGAGACCACGCCACUCACAGAGCCCGAGCUGCCUGCUGACACCACAGCCACUGUCGAGGACAUGCUGCCUUCUGUCACCACCGUCACCGCUAACUCUGACACUAUCACCGAAACCUUUGCCACUGCUCAGAACAGCCCCACCAGUGAGACCACAACCCUGACUUCCAGCAUUGCCCCUCCAAUCACAGCCACACCUGACUCAAAUUCUGUGCCUGCCAGCCAGGCCACCCCUUCCAAGGGGCCCGGUGUCGCCACCUCCUCCCCAUCCCCAGCUUCAGCUCCCAAGGUGGCCCCCCUUGUUGACCUGAGUGAUACCCCAACCUCAGCUCCUGCGGCCAGCAAUUUGUCAUCUAGUGUCCUGGCUAACCAGGGGGCUGUGCUCAGCCCGAGUGCCCCUGCCAGUGCUGGGGAGGCCUCCAAGGCCCCUCCAGUGAGUAAGCCAGCCCCUGCUCCAGCCCCCACCUCAGCUGGAGCAGCCAGUCCCCUAGCAGCAGCAGCUGCCCCUGCCACAGAAGGCCCCCAGGUCAAGCAGGAGACUCCCAGCACCAAAGGCCCGGACCCCGAGCCCACCCAGCCUGGCGCUGUGAAGAGCCCGAUUGAGGCAGCCACGGUCCCCACUAGCCCGAAGAGUGAGGCUGCCUCCGUCAGCGCCACAAACGCUGCCCAGGGCGAGGACUUUAAAAUGGACGAAGGGAACUUCAAGACCCCAGAUAUUGACCUUGCAAAGGAUGUUUUUGCAGCCCUGGGCUCUCCUGCUCCCGCCGCUGGGGCCAGUGGACAAGCCCCUGAGCUUGCUCCUUCCACUGCAGACAUCUCUGUUCCGCCUGCACCAGCAAAGACCGAGAAGCGCCCUGUAGAAGCAAAGUCGGAGUGCCAGGAGACAGAAACGAAGCCAGCGCCAGCCGAAGUCAAGACCGUCCCCAACGACGCCACACAGACAAAGGAGAGCGAGAGCAAAGCAUGAUGGGUGACGAGGGACGAGCAAAGAUCAAAAUAAAAAGUGACACAACAGCUUCACCAGAGCAUUUCCAAUAUCACACACGCGUGCGUGCGCGCGCGCGCGCGCGCGCGCACACACACACACACACACACACACACACAUCUCAUUCCUCUAGUGUCUUUUGCCUUUAAAAAGGAAAACUAAGCAGAUAAACAUAGGAUCUCCUUUUUGUAGGUUUAUAGAAAGGGUUCCUUUGUUGCACACUCACUUGUAAGAAAAUGAGACAAAGAGAUUAAACCCACAGCCAAACUAGGACACUCCGUUCCCUGAAACCAUUUAAAAAUCAAACAAAAGGACCCCAAAUUAAGAAUCUAGGAAGCUCAGAAAAAAAUCUAGGUUUAGGAAGACUACACUUGGUGUUGCCCAGUUGGCACAGACCAGUUUCAGAGAAACACUUCCAGGCACUAAGACUAACCGAAUGAACAAAGUCCAAGUUUAUUUUUAUACUUUCAGUCGAGUUUGAACUCUGCAAAACCUCACAAAUAAGUUAUAAUUUCUGUUCACUUUGUAUUUGUUCGGUAUGCAAAGUGUGUCACCCUUUCUAGCUGAAUUCAGUUCCCACGUAGACUCCUGUUUUGUAGGCCAAAUGCCAAAUCGCAGCUUCUGGGGGUAGAUCUCAAUUUGCAGUAUUCAGAUUUCUUUUUUCUUUCCUUUUCUUUUUGUUCUUUUUUUUCCUUUCUGCCAACUUUGCUUUCCAGUGUUUACAAGUUGACAAAUGUUUAACUUCAAUUGUGUUUAAAUGUCCAUGUAAAAUAGCUGCCUUUUUUUUUUUUUAAAGUUACAAGCACCGCCCAGAGGUGGGCAGGACCGGCACAGGCUUGCUCUGGCACAGGACGGCUUCACACAGUAUAAUUGUUUACAGUGGCGCGCCCCCUCUUCUGAUUUGAAAUUUUUGCCUGAGUCCAACUCAGGUGAAAAUCCAUCUCGUUCUGGAAUGGUUUUGCUUUUUGGUUCUUGGGGUUUUUUGGUGUUUCCUUAGGGGUUAGGCCACUUUCUGAUUAGCCACCACCUGCCUGUACCUGUGACAAAGGAUCUGCUCCCGGGCUUCCUGUCCUUCCUGUUGAAGGAUUCCUUAGGCUUUGUUGAAUGAAGCAGAGAAGAUUGUAUAGUUGGGGCUGGUCUUGGUGAACACACGUUUUUACCCCAAACAUCCCCUUCUUAUAGAAAGCCAAAUAAAAUAUAUACAUACAACUUCUUUUUGAGCCCAGAAUCUAGAUUUGAGCGGAAGAGCAUGUGUGCUUCAGGGAAUUAGUGUCUUUUUUUGGAAAUCUGUUGAAGUAAAGUAACAUCGGCCUUCUGUUCACUUAGGCAACGUCUGUAGAAACAAAAGAGAAAAAAAGCCAACCUGUUGUCUGGAGUCAUAACACGACUUUCCUGGAUUGGAAACAAAGUGGGGGAAAAAUACAGAAACUUUAAGGGGGAUGGGAGGGGGGAGAAGGGAAAAGCCAGCCCUUUGUAUAGAAAUUUUGCUUUUUUUUUCUCAUUCUACUUUAGAACUGCAAGCUUGUGCACUGUGGAUGCGUGAAUAUAUUAGUGUGAAACGUGUUUUUGUCAUAGUAUUGAAAUAAAACUUCAACAUAGUUUGGUUGUGGAAGGUAUAGCAGAUAGUUCAGAAAAAAUAUUCAGGAAACAAAAAUUACUCAAAAGGAAUUGAAGCCUUGAAACAAUGAAAAUGAAUAAAAAUGAUUAUGAUGAUGAAGAUGAUGCUAAGUAAACAGAAAUCAGGGCUCAGCAUGUGCUCCUUUCUGAAGGUACAAACAGCAAGAGGUGAGGGUGGCAAUACUGCCCCUGAGUCCAACCUGCGGGCCACACUCCCCAAGUUCUGACACUUCUGCAAUCUGAUCAGUGGCAAUAUGCUAGAUUAUAAUUCCAAACUGUGAAAAAUAAUGGUCUUGUCAUUUGCUAAAUGUGGGGUUAUUUUGCAUUUUCUCAUCUCCUGGGGAUGGAAAUGGAGGAUCCCAGUCCACACUGCUCUAGCCCCUGUGACCCUAGGGCUUGCACAAAGUCUACAGUUCGGAUGCAGAGACCCUCAGGAACAAGAACCUGAAGACAGUCCAUAGAGCACACAGCAGAACGGGAGCUCCAGGGUGUCCGACGGGAGGAUCCAGCAGGGAGUGGUGGGCUCUUCCUCUCACCAGGUUGUCAGUGGUAUCAGUCCUUCAUCUUGUGAUGUUAAUGGCUUUGAGUACCUAGGCCAAGCCCACACUAUACCUCAUGGAGACUGUGCAUUUCCUUUAGAGCGGUUGUGGUUAGGCAAACAAACUGAUUUUUGUUCUAAUACUUAGGAAGAGAAAGAGGUAUAGUCAACCUCAGAUAACCUGGCCCAGGACAGUAGACUGCCCCCCUCCACCCAGAAGCCUGACUCCACCAUUACUGGAACCCAAGACUUCCCACCUUUUGGUCAGCCUCUCUCCCAUCAUAUAUAGAUUUGUCUCUGCAUGCGUGAGCUUUCCUUUCCUUAAACAAAUAAAAUAAGACAGAGCAAUGCUUUCUCUAAAAUCAAAGAGGGAGUCACUUUAUUUUCAAGAUAUUCUUUUAUGUUAAGAGAUAAAAGCUUAUAGUUUUUCUCUUUUAAUUUUUUUGAAGGGGGGAUCAAUUCUACCAGUUUCCAAUGUCUAUGUGUCUAUAUGUGUAUGCGCCAUACAUAUGUAUUCACAUAACACCGGCAUGGCCAAGUUCUGCUGGAGGGGCACUCAAGUGCCACACAUGGGUCUCCUCACACUGACGGGCGUAGUGUACAUAGUGCAGCUUUUGAAGUGGGACUCUAUUUUCACACUUUUUUAUGGAGCCUUCCAAGUCCCAGGUUUUCACUCUAGGCUGUCUGUCUGGAUGGUGGUUUCAGACCUCCAUUAACAUCCCUACCCAGCAUUCCCAACUUUGGGGGCCUUCUCUCUUGUUAUAAACUUUUUACCAAGUGAAACAUCGAGACCACCUUUGUUUCCAUUCUCACUGGUGUAAAUACUGAGUACUAACUGAGAAUUUUGACUUUGCAUUCUGUCAGAAUACUUGUGUUCAAUAAAAAUUGAAAGAAAAAAUA